ACCCCACAUUUAAUUUUCACAACCUCCAACCUCUCUUUCCCCAUUUAUAAAAUCACCACCAUCUUCACAAAACCCUAGCACCAGUAUCAUGGCCUUUUCUUGCUAACAAACCAUCCAGAUCACAAGUUAUGGCCAUCUCAAGGACCUUCAUUACCCUCUCUUUCUUCAUUUUCUUGUCCAAAUCCCUAACUGCAGACUCUAAUACAUCGUUUUCCCUCAAGAACUUUGGUAAAGAUUCAAGCUUUGACUCCUUUCUUGCGCUUUAUGGAGAUGCCAAGGUCGUUCAUGGCGGUUCAUCACUACAGCUUACUGCCCCAUCAGCUUCCAGUGCUGGCAGAGUGAUUUACAAAAGACCCAUCAAGAUAUAUGGAGGAAUUCCUAAGAAAUUGGUAUCAUUCUCCACACAUUUUUCUUUUUCCAUCUCAAAUGGGAAUAGUUUAGCUUUUAUGGUGUUCCCAUAUGGAUAUCCUUUAGAUUUAUAUAAUUAUAACGCUUCGUUUGGGCUCUUGAGUGUUGCAUUUGGUAUGAAUGAGGCUCAAAGUGGGAUUGAUUCAUCCAUGUUUGUAUCUGUGAAAGCUAUGAAUCUUUCUUCUGUCAAUUUGGUACUGAAUGGUAGUGAAAGAAUGCAAACUUGGAUCGAUUACGAAGCAGGGUCAAGGCGAGUGGAGGUUAGAUUGAAUAGAUUUGGCAGAAAACGACCUAUCGAUCCAGUGCUGUUUACCCAAAUCGAUCUUUCGAAAAUAUGGCCCAAAAAUGAAGGGGUUUUUGUGGGAUUGAUUUCAUCAAAUGGGAAUUCUUCACAAACCUGUGAGAUCCAUUAUUGGAGCUUUAAAGCAUCUAGAGCACCCGAUUGGAUGCAUUCUCAGCCAUUAGAUCCAAUGGUUUCUAAUUCUAUAGAGAAUCAAGAACAUAAAUUGAAGGUUCCUAAAGAAAGUGACUGUGUUAUCAAGAUUCUUGCAGCACUGAUAGUUGGGAUUGGAUGUGGAGGUUUGAGUACAUUUUUUGUGAUGUUUAUGUGGACGGUAUUCGGGAAAAGGCGGCAGCCGAUUGUGCCCGAAGAGUUUACCGUGAAAUCGUUGCAAGAAUGCGAGCACAAGAAACUGAAGAUUGUUCUUGAUGAAGCCUCUGCAAAUGAGAAGUAGGUUACUUACUGAUUUCUUGAUUUGUAAAUGAAUGUGGGUUUUAUGAUUAGGGAUUGGUUUGUAGUUUAGUUAUAAUGCUGUGCAAUAUCAUGAACAAAAUGUGGUUCCAUAUUGUACAAUGUUAUGAUGAUUUUAGAUGCAGACUUUUAAGAUUGGAAAUGCAAUGUGGCCUUUAAG